UGCAGAACUUGAACAGUUCUUUCCUCACACAGGAAAGGGUUCUUAUUUCUGCUAAGUAUCUAUUCUGGUUUUGAGAACGCGUCUGGUCCAAAGAAUCAAGCCUUCUGCACCUACCUGUUAAAAGCCCGUUAAUUGUUUCAGGGAACCGCAAGAUGGACAUUACUACGGACAUUCCAGAUGAGGGAAUGGAAACCACACCAUAUGACUAUGAUUAUCUCCAUACACCUUGUCCAAAUGACAUGGUACAACAGUUUGGUUCCAGUUUCCUGCCACCAUUUUAUUAUUUGGUGUUCACAUUUGGCCUGGUGGGCAAUGCCCUAGUUGUGAUGAUUCUCCUGAGAUACAAAAGAAUCAAAAGCAUGACUGAUGUCUAUCUGCUAAAUUUAGCAAUUUCAGACCUGCUCUUCAUUUUCUCACUCCCAUUUUGGGCAUAUAAUGCAGCAGACCAGUGGGUAUUUGGGAAAGUAAUGUGCAAGAUUCUCUCUGGAAUUUAUCUUGUAGGCUUCUACAGUGGAAGUUUUUUUAUAAUCCUUUUGACUGCUGACAGGUACCUGGCAAUAGUCCAUGCAGUGUUUGCGUUAAAAACCAGGACAGUUGUCUAUGGCAUCCUCACAAGUGUCAUCAUGUGGGGUGUGGCACUUUCCGCCUCUGUGCCAGAGAUUAUAUUCAACACGUGUAAAAUGAUAGGGAGCCGCUGGAGAUGCACUUCUGAUUAUUCAUUUACAACCCAAGUCAACUGGAAUCAGUUCAACACUUUAAAAACCAACCUCAUCGGCCUGGUCUUACCAAUAAUUGUUAUGGUCUUCUGCUACACAAAGAUAAUAAUAAACCUGCUGAGAUGCAGGAAU